AUGAAUGAUUUCAUUAGGGAUUUUUUGAUUGGUGGAGUAUCAUUUGCUGUUUCUAAGUCAACUGACACUCCAAAAUAAAGAAUAAAAAUUUUAUUCAAACACUAAGAUGUCGGUCUUUAUGGUUGCUUCAUCAGGCUUCUUAAAGAAGAAGUAUAUUCUAUAUUGAAUUAUCAAAGCCAUUAUCUACAUUUUGGAGAGGUCAUUUGCCAUAUCUCAGACUUUAUGUUCCAAAUGCAGCAUUUAACUUUGCUUUCAAUGAUGUAUACAAAAUCCUUUUUCGUUCUUUUGGUAAUUGAUUCUUCAUUCAGUUAAGAUCCAAAAAGGGAGAAACUAAACUUUUUCUUAGUAAAUAUGCUAUCGGGAGGUGCAGCUGGUGGAACAACUUUGCUACUGAUUUAUCCACUUUAAUUUGCAAGGAAUAAAUUAGCUAUAGAAAAUUAAAAUAAAGUGGAAAGGUAAUUCAAUAGUUUGAAAGAUUGUGUGAGGAAGAUAUAUAAGUCAGAUGGCUUGAAGGGAUUAUAUAGAGGAUUGAGAAUUUCAGCUUUGGAAGUCAUAGUAUAUAGAAGUAUCUCCUUUGGCUGUUAUGACACAGCGAAGGGAACUAUCUUCAAAAAUUCAAUGAUGAGCAAUGUUGGUGUAAAAUUUAUUGUUGCUUACUUCAUACAUUGUACUUCUAGUAUCAUGUCAUCUCCAUUUAAUAUAAUCAGAAGAAGAAUGAUAAUGCAAUAAAGUAUAUUUGGAUCAUUAUUAAUUAAAAAGGAAGUUCUAAUAUUCAUUAUAAAAAUAAUUUAGAUUGCGCAGUUUAGAUUCUUAAUAAAGAAGGAUUAAACAGUUUUUUCAAAGGAGCUCUCUCAUAAUCCUUUUUUGGAAGCAGAUCUGCUUUAUCUUUGGUCAUUUAUGAUGAAAUUAAACAAUUUUUAAGUCCAGGUUCCAAUAUUAAGGAAGGGUAGGAUAGGGAUUGA